CAACCUCAACCUCAUCUCUCCUAUCCCCUCCCCUCCAUUUCACUUUGUAUAUGCGCUACUUUCUUUCUCCCAAUGGCCGCCUCCCAACUCCUCAGAUCAGUGUGAAUGCCCUACUCCGACGUGUAACACGCAUCGCGUAGUACUUCCAGCACUAUGAUCCCGAUACCAUAGCAUAGCAUCGCAUCGCAUCGCAUCUACUUAACCAUGCUCCAGACCUUUCAUCCCAUUUCCAACCACAUAACCACACUACACUAGCAUCUCGUAAUCCGUGACAUAUCCCACAGCCCCGCCACCAUGUGCCCUUCUCGAGGUCAUAGCCAUACCCAUGUUCAUGCCCGUACCCGUCGUGGUGACAGCAACAAGGUCCCGUCGUCUUCCCACCCUCGGCCCUCAUCAACCCCCACCCAUACGAUUCGGACUGUUCAUCGGCCAAACUCCCUACGUGGUCGUUGGCAUGGCCAUGUGAUGGACGUCGACGAUGUUGGCCGCAUCUUCGAGUGCGUCCAAGUUCAGCGUCAAGCACAGUUCCAGCACGUAGUGCGUCGCUAUCUAUCCCAAAUCUUGUAUGGUUGCAAGAGUGCAUACUGCACCACGCCUACAUGCCUUUCCUGUAAUAGGAGACUCGCCACGAGACCGCAUAGAGCACCCACUCAACUUACUGCCCGAGCCCUCGCGCACUUCCUCGCUAGCCAAGAUGAUCCAUAUCGCGGACUUUGUACACAUCAGCUGAAAGUAUCGCCGGAUACGUUUGAGAUAGAUGGAUCAAUAGGAACAGAAGUUGGGGUGGCAGCGCUUGGACAGGGACCAGUCUUGAAUCUGCUUCCACUUGCUGGCCUACCACUAUGGUCUACGGCGGAGCUCACUGGUGCCGCCGUAUCGCCACCUGGUUCAGCUUCUCGCAGUAGACGGACGGUCGCAAUUGUUGGUAGAGAUGGAACCCAUGACCAAGAGCAGAUCAAGCAUAUGUUACGAACAAUAGGGGAGCGACAUCAAGUAAAGAAAGACGUAAAGUCACUUGGUCAAAGUCUAUAUGAUACGGUUACAGUCAUAUAUGCAUAUUCGAAGCAACUACCCACUGCGUCCUCUGUUCUUUCAAUGUUUAGUUCUCGCACUGUGCCACAGCAAACGCAGUUGCAGGGCAGUGACUGCCUUGACAGUCAAUCGGCUGCAGCAACCCCGAAGGACGUGCUCAGGGGGCCUACAAACGUCCACUCUCCCCCCCCACGCGAACUUCGCACUCCACGACACAUUUCCAUGAAAAGCAAUGAGCAUUGUUUACCUGCACAUAACACAGAAAUAUCGAGUAAUGGAGAUGAAGUACAUACGAUCCUCCAUCGUAUAAGUGGACCUACCAGCGACUAUUCUUCCGAAGUACCGUCUGCCGGAUCACGGAACAUUAAUGGGAAUCGAGGCUCAGACCCGUACAGCAAGACCGCCUACGCAAAGAAGUCACAUUCUAUCGAUAUGCGCGGCCCUCCAGAAGCAAUCCCGAUACCUAGGACCUCCUCACCGAAUACUGAUUUGGAUGCAAAGAAAAGCGGUCGGUCAUCCGUCCAAGUGACUUCUCACCUCACUUGUGACAUUCUGGAACAGUUGAAGGGCGGUGAGCACCAGCGCAAGCGCAUGCGACCAUUCGGUUUCGUCUACAGUGUAGAUUAUGAGCCGAAUAAACGGUUCAGGCCGACUUCGUCUUUUGUCAGUAGGUCACUAUUUCAUACCUUGAGCAAUCCGGAACUCCUGCUCAAAUCUUUUCGAGAUUCAGGCCAUGUAGGAUCGGGAAACUCGAAAUUGUCACACAUGAACUCGUCGCGAAUGACGCACGCAUUCCGGGACUGGAAAUAUCUUAAUGGUGCCUUGAUUUACGACAGCUUGUGGGUUGCCGUUGAGAGUUUAUUUGUAGCUCCACCAGAGCUGGACGUUCAGAAAGGCUCUCAAAAGAAAUCUUCCCAGGGGAGCUCGACUGAAAGGAGCUCUGAAGAGGCUUCGGCCAGUGAAGCGUCCGAAAAACCAUCUGGGCGAUAUUUGAAUGAUGAGGAAGCUGCUCAUAUCAUCAUGAUAUGUAUUCAUGCGUUGACUUCACUAGUAUCCGUCGGAUGGCCUCGAACCUGGGUUCAAUUGCGUAAUUUCCGAUCUUGGGGCAUUGUGCUCCCCCAUACGCCUGACAAUAGAGGCAAAGAUGUGCCUAUCAGUUUCUCAGACCCCUGGCUGGCUAUCAUUGACGAGCUAGAGUACGAGCCCGCGGUUCGGCUUGCUGAUCGACUCUUGCGAGGUAUUGGCGCUCGUUUAUGCUUUGAGCAGAUAUUGGCUACCAUGAACCGUAAGGGACAUUGUCCCAACGACACCAGCUAUGGCCCCGUUAAGUCGCACCUGCUGGACAUAUUGGUGGAGCAUUUAGCAGUGGUUGAACAUCAAGCCUUGGCGAGUAAGAGAAAAUUCAAAUCAGCCCUAAACUAUCAGGAUGACCCGGGUUGGACUGUCACUGCAACAUUCAUGGAGUGGUUGCGAACCUUGAUCAUCAAACAAUGGGACGGAAAAGUGGUCAUUCAUAGAUGGUCAAGCGUGGGCGUGUCCCUUGCAUUUCUGGAAAGACUUCAUCGGUCCCGCGAUAUCUUAAAUUUACGAACGCGCAUGUUUUACAUGCCAUGGUUCGAUGAGCGCAUCGACAAGACCCACGAACCCGUUGAAUACCUUCAAUAUAAACAGACCCCAAACUCUGUCCAUCUCCUCCAAUUCCCUUGUUUGUUCCAGCCUGAGGUACUUAUUGGGUAUUUCCGUACGAUAAAUUUCACCAGCAUGUACAGGCAGUUUGAGGGAUCUGAAAGGACCGCUCGUUUGCAGCGACAUGUCAACCGUCACCUGAGGUUUUCAUAUGCGAACGCGAUUAACAAGCGCUUAGCAGUUGUAUUGAGCAACUACCUUGUUCUUGAGGUUGGAAGAGAGCACCCACUGGAAGACACUCUGAAUCAGCUCUGGGGUCAGGAGCGCAGACUGUUGCUAAAACCACUCAAGGUAAAGAUGGGCAAGGAGGAGGGUGAGAUUGGUCAUGAUCAGGGAGGCAUCACUUACGAAUUCUUCCGCGUGGUCCUGGGUGAAGCCUUCAAGCCCGAUAACGGAAUGUUCGAGAUCGAUCCCCAAACCAGAAUGACGUGGUUUCAACCUGCUUCCCUAGAGCCGGAUUGGAAGUUCGAGAUGCUAGGCCUUCUAUUCUCUCUCGCCCUGUACAAUGGGGUCACACUGCCCGUGACAUUUCCCAUCGCCUUAUACCACAGCAUUCUUACCCCGAAUUAUCCAUCUCUAGGCUUGGACGCUUCGGAGUCUAUUGACUUCAUCCAAGAUGGCUGGCCAAUCCUUGCCAAGUCAUUGCGAGAACUACUUUCGUGGAAGGACGGCGAUGUCGCAGACAUUUUCUUACGAAGCUACACCUUCAGUUUUGAAGCAUGUGGCCAGAAGGUCAACGUAGAUAUGAACGCGUUCGAUGGCGACCUUGGAGGACCAAGUCAUCUUUGGCCUGCAGAUCUGCUUAACACUGUCGACAAACCGAUAUCAACCAGCCACGGCCCAAUCUGGCCUUCCCAUGUAACACGACCACCUAUCAGCAGCCCGGCAUGGGAGAGGCCUUUCACCCAAAGCGAAAGUGCAACAGAUGAGACGCUGGUAACAAAUGCUAACAGGGAACACUUUGUGAAAGAUUAUAUUUCUUGGUUGACGUAUAAAUCUGUCGCCCCACAGCUCCUUGCUUUCCGCAAGGGCUUCAACAGGUGCCUUCAUAGUCGAUCAUUACACCUGUUCGACCCACCAGCUCUACAGAAUCUCUUGGAGGGCAGGCUAGACAUCGAUGUAGAUGCGCUCCAAUCGGCCACACGCUAUGAAGAGGGCUAUUCCAUCAACCAUCCUACGAUCCAAGACUUCUGGACCAUUGUUGAGUCUUACGAUAUGGAUGAUCGUCGGAAAUUGCUAGAAUUCGUGACCGCAAGCGAACGAGUGCCGGUCACUGGAUUCGAGACCAUGAAUUUCCACAUUGUUCGAAACGGAUCAGAUACCGACAUGUUGCCUACAAGCUCAACAUGUUUCGGCAAGCUGAUGCUCCCGGAGUACGCGGAUCGUGACAAGUUGAAGCGAAAGCUUGAUUUGGCCAUCCAAAACUCUAAGGGAUUUGGCGUCCUGUAAAUACGUUGCCCACGGUAUUAUGUAUCCAUAUGAUUCAUAGUCUGAUUGUCUGUUUUUUACCCCAGAAAUAAAUGUACAUACAAAAUCGACCACCUUACCCUCCUGUUGGUAUAGCAAGUGAAGGGCUACUUCAGGCGGAAUCUAAGGCUGACCGACUAUAAUUUUAUGGGUGCUGCGCAGAUAGCUGAG